AUGUCUAGCGGGCUUGACUCCCAGAAGCUAAGCGCCGUCUUCAAGUCCAGGCCCGACAUCCUCGAAAGCAUCCAGAAGGAAGCCAAUUCACCAGGACGGGUGAAGCUUUUCAAUGACAUUGCAAGCCAUGUCUACCAACAAAUAGGCGCCGAAUCCUCGGAACCGUCGCUCAAGAGGCGGCGAGUCGACAUCGAUCAGAAUGGCAGCUCCUUGACGAACGGAGCAGCACCCGCCCUCACAAGCGCCGACGUCGCAAAUGAAGCAGUUCUUCUGGAGAUCAAGGAUAUCUCCGUUUCCAUCCCUCAGCGCAAGAAGUUCAGUCUUUGCUUAACAGCCCACCACAUCUAUGCGAAGGCCCCUAACGCCACCGAGCCCGUCCAGGGCAUCAUCUACGCCUGGAAGGACUUCGAACACGUCUUCUGCUUGCCUGUACCCGAGAAAGCCCAGGUGCAGUACAACUACGUGCUUCUUCCGCGCGGUUCUGCACUGGCCUCCUUAUCCAAAGACAGUCCUGCGACGGCGGUUGAGCCCCUCGUCUUCACCAUCUCCACAGCCGCCCCCAAGCCUGGCUCCAUCGGUGGUCAGAAUGCCAGCGCCGCGGCAGCCGUAUCCGACUCCUAUAAGCAGCUGUUCACAUGGGCGAUCAAGAUGUGUCUGAACGCGAGGGCGCCGCAUGUGCAGAUUGUAGAGGCAGACCCUUCACUAUUCCACAGUCAAAUACGGCAGGCGCAUCGACCCAAGGAGAAGGCCGUACACGUGGCUGCACAUAGGGGUUCCAAGGAUGGCUACCUGUUCUUCCUGGAGACCGGAAUCCUGUGGGGUUUCAAGAAGCCGUUGCUCUUCAUCCCCGUGGACCGCGUUGCAGCCGUGAGUUACACGAGCGUGCUGCAACGGACUUUCAACAUGGUGGUAGAGGUGUUUACAAACGAGGGCGGUGACGCCGAGGCUACAGAAGAGAUCGAGUUCUCCAUGCUGGAUCAAGAGGAUUAUGGCGGUAUCAACCAGAACUACGUCAUGCGGAAGGGGUUGCAGGAUAGAAGCAUGGCAGAUCAGCGCAAGGCCAAGAAAGAGCUUGCUGAGAAUGCCAAGAGCAAAAAGGGAGGCGAUACUGAAAACGGUGGUGCCAACGGUGAUGCGGAGGCCGGCGGUGGUUUGUCGGAGCUUCAAAAGGCCGAGCAACAGCUAGAGGACGAAGAAGAUGAGGACGAGGAAGAUUACGAUCCUGGCUCCGAAGGUGAGAGUGAAGGAUCGGGAACCAGCGAUGACGACGACGACGACGACGACGACGACGACGACGACGACGAGGAUGGCGGCGAGGAAAUGGACGAAGAUGAAGCAGAUGAGGAAGAUGCCGAGGCUGAGGCUUGA